GAAUCGACAACCAGCAGGAGCAGUGUGCUGCGUUUUCUGCAAACGGCAACGCCUGUUCCAACAAGGCGUCCUAGAACAUAUUUGGUGGAAGAUUUAGCAGCUAGCAAGGCAGAUGACUUGGGUCCGCGCAAGACACCAGAAGCUGAUGGGAGACGGCAACAAGAACUCUUGUACUGCACUGCAGCCUCCCCCACCAAAAAAGAUGGAUGAUUAGCUCACUCGUACCCCGGACUGCUGCAUCCACUAGGAUAUUCAGUCCGGCGGCUUCAGCACACAGAACUUGCGACCAAAUCGCCCUUCGGAGUUGAACCAUUUAUGGAAUUGAGCUACCCAGAUCCAACAGGUUGCCAACACAAACUUGGAGAAACCAGCAGAGGUCUGCUUAAGGUUUGCAACCUGAGCGCAGUCACGUUGCUGAGCUCAAGUUGGUUGCAAUUUGCCGGCAAGCUCAACGCUACCGCUCCCACUACAACCCAGCGGGCCACCAACCCUUUUGGCAUCGGCUUCGCUUCAUCGCCCAUCGCUAGGCGGCGCGCCAACCCCCGGAUUCUGACACCUCCUCUCCCCGCUCGCUCCUAUAGAUCCCGUCCCCUUUCCCAUUCCGCACCGAGCAACUCAAAACCCUCCUCUCCUCUCCUCUCCCACCCACCCACGAUGGCCGCCGCCGCCACAUCCACUGCUCACUCACUCCUCCUCCAGCGCCCCACCGCGCCGAGGGCUCCCGCCGCCGCCGCUUCCUCCCUGCGCCUCCCGGCGCGCGCCGCCAAGAUCUCCUGCGCGGCGGUGGCGGCGCCGUCCGCGUCCUCCCCCCUCACCGGCGCCGGGGACCGGGGCGUCUACAACUUCGCGGCGGGCCCGGCGACGCUCCCGCUCAGCGUCCUCAAGCGGGCGCAGGCGGAGCUCGUCGACUACCACGGCUCCGGGAUGAGCAUCAUGGAGAUGAGCCACCGCGGGAAGGAGUUCGACGCCGCCAUCAAGAAGGCCGAGGCCGACCUGCGCGCGCUCCUCGCGGUGCCCGACACCCACGCCGUGCUCUUCCUCCAGGGCGGCGCCACCACGCAGUUCGCCGCCGUGCCGCUCAACCUCUGCGCCGGCCCCUCCGACCCCGCCGACUUCGUCGUCUCGGGGUCCUGGAGCGACAAGGCCUUCAAGGAGGCCAAGAAAUUCUCCGCCGCCUCCGCCGCCUGGUCCGGCAAGGACGCCAAGUACACCGCCCUCCCGCCCUUCGACGACAUCAAGCAGAACCCGGAGGCCAGGUUCCUCCACAUCUGCUCCAACGAGACUAUCCACGGCGUCGAGUUCAAGGACUACCCGGAGCCCCGCAACAAGUCCGGCAUCCUCGUCGCCGACAUGUCCUCCAACUUCUGCUCCAAGCCCGUCGACGUCUCCCGCUUCGGCGUCAUCUACGCCGGCGCGCAGAAGAACGUCGGCCCCUCGGGGGUCACCAUCGCCAUCGUGCGCAAGGACCUCAUCGGCAACGCGCAGCCCAUCACCCCAGUCAUGCUUGACUACAAGACGCACGCCGACAACGCCUCGCUCUACAACACCCCGCCCUGCUUCGCCAUCUACAUCUGUGGCCUCGUCUUCGAGGACCUGCUCGCGCAGGGCGGCCUUGCGGAGGUCGAGAAGAAGAACGCCUACAAGGCUGGCAUCCUCUACGACACCAUUGACGCCAGCAGCGGGUACUACAUCUGCCCCUUGGAGAAGUCAGUGCGGUCGCUGAUGAACGUGCCCUUCACUCUGGCCAAGGGGCCGGACUUUGAGAAGCAAUUCAUCGCCGAGGCGGCCAAGGAGGGCAUGGUGCAGCUCAAGGGGCACAGGUCAGUCGGCGGAGUGCGCGCAUCCAUCUACAAUGCCAUGCCGCUGGCUGGCGUGGAGAAGCUUGUCGCGUUCAUGAAGGAUUUCCAAGCUAGGAACCCUUGAUUGGCUUGUGCUUAUGAUCAUUUGGUAUUGCUACUAUUUAGCAGGAUGUUUUGUUCUUCAUAACAUAAGUGAGCUUUGUGCAAGAGCUGCUUUGCCAAUUUGUGAUCCAUCCGUAGUAUUAGUGCUGUAGUAACUAUUUUGCAAUAUUUCUUUUCACUUUUUGGUGUUCAUGUGAUUCCAUUCCAUGGCCACCAUUGUUGUUGGUAUGAGUUUUGCUGGGAAUAAGGAAUUAGAUGGUCAGUUGUCUCGAGAGCAGGUGAUGCUGCUGUAUAAUUCAGACUUCUCAGAGCUUAUAAAACACUAAUAUCAAAGUUUGGUUGGUUUUUGCCUCUCGAA